UGCUUGUCUUUAUGCUUAUGAAUUUUUAUGCUUGUUAUGUAUGCAUGAAUGCUUGAUUUUGAUGCCUAUGUGAUGAUCAUUGUUGUGUAUCUAUUAUGAAUAUUUUCUUAUCAUCGAUGCUUAUGACUUUAUAGUAUGCUACAAUAUGCAUUGUGCUUAGUAUUAUCUAGGUUGUCAAGAAUUACCAUCUUGUGAUACCCCAUUGAUGCUAAAUGAGUAUAGAGGGAAUGAUCAAUCAUAUAUACCUUGAGUAGUAUCAAUGUGUGAUUAUUAGAUCAUCGAUGCUAUAGGCCCUCGGUUAUGGCUCAUAGAGGCCCAAACUUAAUCAUGUGCUAUCAUAACUUCCUUGUUAUUCAUUAAUUAGGUAAUGACAUGAAUCAAAAGAGACUCGCCACGGACUACACCGCGGAUUAAAAAUCCCGACUAGAGCCCAAGUAUAAACUCUAGUUGGGUGCAGUAUAGGGCAAGCAUGUUUCAAUUGUCGAACCCGGGCAGUCCAUGUACCCCUACUUCAAUCGCUUAAAUUGUUAUCUAGCAAAUGAUUUUUGGUUUAAAACUAAGAAAACUACAAAAUAAACAAACAAGUAAAGUAAAUCGAGGUUGUCCCAAUAAGAGAAGAAUUCACCCUGGUAUUGCUCCCCCUAGUCUCAUAUUAAGAAACAAUGAACGAAACUCUAGUGCGAAGGAUGUAUUUAUAAACCGUGAGGCGGGUGCAACUAGUUAGGAAGCCCUAACUCUCUUAGUCGAUCGGUUAAGGAUAGCAACAAUAAGCUAGGUGGCCUAACUCUCUUAGCCAUUCGACUAAGGAUUGAAAUUAUAAGCUAGAAAAUCUAGCCCUCUUAACCAAUCAACCAAGGAUUGCAAGAACCAAUCCCUCGGAAAUUAAUCCGAACGAAAGAUAGCGACCAAUCAUGAUGGUUUCAUGGCACUAGUUCGAUAUUUGAGGUUUGGCCUAAUUCGUCCUAGGUAGGUACCGUAGUUGGCCAAAGGAAUUCCAGCUUAUAAAGCCUCUUAGCAAGAAAGGGAUUUCCCUCUACGUAAGUCAAAUUUGCAUAAUAAUGAGUUAAAGCUAGCAACACACAAUCAUUCAUGAAUAAUAAAUCAAAUAUUAUAUAAAAACAUUCAAUCAAAUGUUCUUACAUCCUAACACACAUUUAGACUAGGGUUCACCAUACCCAAGUGAAGAGGAACUCGACUUCAUAGUUAGGCAAAGGAAAACAACAAAGAUGAAAGAAACAACCAUGGUGGAUGCUUGUCUUCCCUCCUUGUUGAUGAGAAUUUCCUUGAGAGGUAAGAAUCUUCACUCCUCUAGCUUGAAGUAAGCCCAAAUCUUCUUCUUCUCUCCUUGUUGAUCACUUUCUCUCUCUAUAUUUUGAACAAUACGACCUUUCUCUCACUAGGGUUUCACCUUGGGGUUUUCUUCAGCUGGAACCCUAGAAGGGAACCCAAAAAAUCUAAACCUAACCCAAGAUCCAACCUCUCUUUCUCUCUCCCAGCUGCCUUCUAUUUAUACAGCCCGAUAAUCACUUUCACAGUCUGCACUUCACGGCAGUGACAUUGGACCACUGACCGUGAUCUUGAACAAAAAUGCAGGUCACUGGCAUCGUUUUUUUUUGUCUGACACCAAGGUCUCCUUGAGAUUUUCACGGUCUGGUGAUUGUGAACAUCUUCAAGCCCGCGAGGUGCCAAAAUCCUCCUGUUACCCAGCAAACUUCACGCCCGUCAUGCAAUUGUCACGGUCGCCUUUGGACUUUUCUUCACUUUUUGUUUUGGCGCUUUUCGACCCCCAAUCAUCUCGAAACUCGUCCUCGAACUGUCCACACGUGCUAGGACCUGAAAUGUAUAAAUAAUAGCACAACCUAGCGUAAAACAGGUCGAGGGACGAUGAAAUGCAAAGCCAAACUAUCAAGAAAUGAGGGGUAAAAUGUCUGCAAUUAGCCCUGAAUAAAAAAAACAUGCAUUAGCUAGUUAAAUAUCUAUAGCAAGAUGCACGUGCACGAGUAGAGAGUGGCCUUAGUGAAAAGGAUAGAGUGAUGUUAUAGAUAAGUCAUUGAUGCAUGAUAUGAUUGAGCUUUAGUAUGCAUGACAAUACUCGAGAUUCACCUUAUACAAUAAUGUAUCUUUACUUUUAUUCAUCUAUAAUUUGAAAACUCAUAAAUAAUUACUUUUCCUCGCUUUCCUUUCCUUUGAUUGUUGAAUGAAAAUUCCUAAAAAUGCUUGCCUGUUUUGUGUAGCAUAGAUGGUAUGGUGUCAGUGAUUAUACAUUAAAAGACCUCGCGGAAUAUGACCCUAAGGUACCAUAGGAUUAUAGCUCGAUCUAUGCACAUAACAGUCGCAAUGGAGCACUAUGCUAUCAUGGCUCACAUAAAUAAAUUACGGAAGGAUGGAGUAGAUCAUCAACCAGUAAAGGUCAUUCCAGAUCAACUAGAUCUUGAAGCCACACUAUCACACAAGCAAGAAGAGAUAGCUCAGCAAUUAAAAUCCCUCCAACCUGAACUUGCUUCACUUACUCAAGAGCACAAAAGCAGUAAGAGGCAGCUUGAUGUGUCAUGUUAUGCUAUAAAAGACCAUCCCAUUCAUGAGAAAAUUCAGAGAAUGAAGUCAAUUCCCAAGAGACCAUAAAACUCUAGUCUCAUACUCGAAUCAUCAAGAAGAGAAUGAAGGAUCUCAAAGAGGGCGUGAGUAAGCAAACAUAAUAAGAUUGUGGAGAAGGAGCUUCAAAAUAACAUACUCGAGCUAUUGCAUGCCCAUGAGCGUCGAUCUAAAGAGCUACUUGAUAGAGUCAAUGGUAUGAUCAACAAAACUUCUUUGAAAGCUAUCACUCUGAGAAGUGGAAAGGAGACACCACCAAAUCCUUCCGAAAAUCCUCCCAUCAAGAAAAGCAUAAUCUGACUAACCUGAAUUCUAAUCAACUCAAAACCAACUAACCCGAAACCCGACUAACCCGUAAUUAGAUUGAACCUGCCUAACCCCGAUCGACACUUUAUUAUUUUACUCUCUGUAUAUUUCACUUUAUAUCUUAUUCAAAUGAACGACAACUUAAUUUCUCUUUUAUUUGCAUGCUUCUCUAUAUCAUAGUCGGUAAAUAGGAUACAAGUAAGUUAUGUAUAAAAUACGUACGAGUAUUUUACUUCGUCUCUAAACUAAUGAUACGUUUAAUAGUACAUCAAUAGUUAUAAAAUAUGUAAACUUAAUUAUUAUAAUUAAACACGAAUAUUAAAUGCGUUAUAUGGGUUGUAUAUGUGUUUAGUAAGGAAACUAUCGAGUGAACAAGAAAAAUGAAAUGGCUUAACAAUAAUUGGGAUACAAAAUUUUUGGAAUUUGCUACGGUGACUUGAAAGUGACCGUGACUUGGACAAAACGGUCGACCUAUUCACUGAUAUGGUCGACCUAUUUGGAAUAAACGGUCGAUCUCUUCACUGAUAUGGUCGACCUCAUUGUUGGAAUGAUUGACCAGAUGUACUAUUUUUCAUUUUGCUAUCUUCAACAAACGGUCAACCUCUUCCACUAAAAGGUUGUUCACUAUACAAAAAAUGGUCUACCACUUCCAUCAAGUGGUCUACCUCUUUCCCCAAGCGGUCCACCUCUUUCAAUAAUUGGUCCACCUAAUGAACCAUUGCUAGUGAUAUCAACAAAUAUAAUUAGAGUCCAAUAACAAUAGAUAUGCUUGAUAGUAAGAGAUUUAAAAUUAGUACAAAGGCUGCAAACCUAGAUGACAAGUUUCUCGAGUGAUUGUUCUCCAGUAGAUUUGAAAAAUGUUCUACAUAUUUAUUUCUUGUAUUUCACUUACUUUAUAGAAACUUUCAUCUUUUUUUUCAAAUUCUAAGCUCUCUUGUUUCUAUCAUAUAGUUGUCUUGUGAUGUAACAACUUUGUUGCUAUUGUUGUUAUGAAGAUGCUAAAAAAAUUUGUUAUACAAUUGUGUCAUUUUCAAUGUCCAUAAAUCUCAUAUCAUCGCUUUUGUUGAUUUUUAUUCCAGAAGAGUUAAAAGAGAGUAUUUAUUUUUGUCUUGGUCUAUAAUCUGCAUAGGGAUUUGGUUGCCCACAGGUGAUAGGAUGUUGUGUUACUACAAAAGAAUUUUAUAUUGUUGGUCGCCUAUUGUCCAUUAUUUUCCUAAUGUAAGUAUGAGGUAAUUAUGUCAUCUGGUCGAUCGAUCGCCGAAAACGGAGAUCGUUUGAGGAAAGAGGUACGUAAACCAUUUUACGGAUCGGUAGACUGUUUUGGAGGAAGUUGUCUACCUCCUCCAACAAGUAGGUGUAAGUUGAAGGUAAGUGUGUCAUAGGUCGACCCAUUUCCAAGCGAUAGAUUAGUUGUCUCAAGUGGUAGCUGCGUGGUGGAAGUGGGAAACCAAUUUCUUGUAAAGUGGUUCACCACUUGGUGGAAUAGGUCGACCACUUAAAGAUAAUUGUGUAAUCAGGUCGACCCAUUUUCGGAAGCGGUAGACAUGUUGACUAAAAUGGUAGACCACCUCGUGGAAGAGGUCGACCAUUUUCUUGGAAAGUGGUCGACCACUUGGUGGAAGAGGUCGACCAUUUUAUAAAAAAAAGUUGAUCGU